AUGGCAAAUGCGAUAUCAAUUGUUUUCCCGAAGGCAGUACAUAGGUUGUGUUUGUGGCAUUUGAUGAGGAAUGUAAAAGGACAUAACUCAAAAAUGUUAUGCAGUGGUUUCAUGAAAUGUGUUGACGGAUGUCGUACGCCCACCGAGUUUGAGCAGGCUUGGAAGGAGCUAAUUACCACGUACGAUUAUGAGAAAGAAGUUUGGGCAACGGGACUCUACAAUGACAAGGAAAAAUGGGCGGAAUGUUUCAUGCAUGGUCAUUUCUUCGAAGGUAUGAGAAGUACACAACGGUGUGAAUCAGUGAACAACUCAACUAACACAGUUUUUAAUCAAAAAAUGAUGUUGUAUAAAUUUGUAGAAUUGUAUGAUCAAGUGUUGAAAGAUAUAAGGUUCACAGAAUCUGGCCUUGACUACCAAACAAAGCAUACAACUCCGAUUAUCAAAGGGGUCCUUUCAUGUGUGAAAACACAUGCUGCAACAGUGUACACAAGAAACUCGUACGAUAUGUUAUGCAAAGAGAUGAACUACGAGUCAUCGCAUAUUUUUGUGAAGUUUAAGCAGGAUAAGACACAUUUGGAUGGGGUAACUAAUAUUUAUUGCUUGAGUCAUACUGGGUAUGGGACAGCACAGUACAUUGUAAUACACAUUGCUAAGAUCCACAAGAUGUAUUGUUGCUACAUGAAGUUGGAAUCUGUGGGCAUACCCUGUCGCCACAUGUUUGUUGUAAUGAAGUAUGGACGCAUGACCGAGAUACCAAGGGGUUGUAUUCUUCAAAGAUGGACGAAAUAUGCCAAGGCAUGCCUGUCUUAUGGUCACACACUGGACGCAUUUAAAGAGCAGACUGAUACUGCGUUCGUUGGUCGGUUUGCCUAUUUAAAUGGGUUGAGCAUACAAAUCUGUAGGUUGGCAGCUAGAUCUUACAACGGGUCACUAUGGUUAAAGAAUUUUUUGUCAAAGGUAUUGAUUUCUAUGGAAACCCAUGAUGAGAAAGUCGAGGGAAUCCCAAAGAAAGCGACAUUGGUCGGAAUCGGUGAUCCAAAAGUUUUGCAAGCCGGCAGGGGACUAAAAAAGAAAGCCACAAAACUAGAAGAGAAAUCCAACAGUCUUGAUAAGCCGAAGUCCAUUGACCUCAACCAGUCACCACUGACUACUCCGGCUAACACCUCUAACAUUGGCCUCUGUGAGCCAUCUUUCCUUUUGGGGGAUUUAAUGCCAGGAACAUAUACCAGUGGUGAGGCUUCUGAAGUCGUCGAUAGCUACGAAGUUACCCAAUACAAAAAGAACCCACUGUUUUUGAUUGGGGCCCAAGACAUCAUUGGUAGUUACAACUUUGUUUGUUGCACAUUUUCUCAUUUGAGCACCUAUAAAAGUCAAAUGAGCAAAUGGGAAAUAAGAUAA